CGCGAAAUUUUAACAAUGCCUUCCCAACGCCAAAUCACGGUGCUGAUCAUCAUCGCCGCUGCAAUAUCUUCAACGAAAUGCUGGUCCAAACAGGACUCGGAACUGGCAAAAACACUCCAUAGACCAAUCAGGGAAUUGACUUAUCCAAGCUCCAGCACUAUGGGUAUUUUCUUCGCCAUUGCCGUCCCGAUAUCCGACCCCGAGCACUCCGUAUCGUUGUCUUACUUCUUUGAAGCCAACUACGAUCUCCCGUCAAACUUCUCGUAUUACGACCCGCUGUUAUUUGGCCGAAGGACGCGACGGAGCAUCGACAGGGAAACAGUCUACCGAGCAUUGGAAAGCAAAUUCGAAAGCGCCGGAUUUCCGGGACGCGAUUGCCUUCUUCGUUCAAUUUGCGAGACGUCGGAAUGGCCCAUUCGACACAACGGAAUAUUGGGCGACGUUAUGCACGUCAUCCUCACGCCCUCGUCGUCUCGAAACGAAGAUCUUCCCGAGGAAUUCGCCAUGGCUGAACGAAUCGGGAUGAACGGGACAUGCUCAAAAUCCUACCCACUCUGUCCAUUGGGGCUGUUCGAUUUGGUCGGAAACUUCAUCAGUCUAUAGCAGAGCUGCUGAACAACCAACGAGACCCGGCGAAGCGAGUUCUCGUCCUAAAAAGGAGGGCGAAACCUGGUGGUCACCCCAAUACACGUCGUUAUUUUAACUCAGCAUCUUCUUCUCUCGCCUCCUGGUCGAUUCCUCAACGGUGUGACACUGAUGGACAGAGCCCGUGCCCCAAGGAUCAGCAAGAUUCAUUCGUUACGGAUCUUGACUCGCUACUGUUUGAACGUGCAACAAAUGCGGACACUCUG